AAAGUUGCAGGUUAGUCAACAAGGUGUCGGGUUCCAUAAGUUUGUUAGUGAAUGUCAAUAUCCUAAAAUGUUUGCCUGUUAAAAAUCAUAUUUUUCGGCAGCCCUUAUUCCAUCAGUAGCCUAUUUAGUCUGCACAAAGGCACGGACUAUCUGUGACGCGACUGUAUAAUAGACUUCAGCGUCAGCAGGCCUAGUUUGUAGGCCUAGUUUGUAGGCCUAGCCUACCUAUCAGUCAGCAUGACAUCAAGGCAUAUGAAACCCGAUACGUCGGAUUUCUUGAAGAAAUUUGCAAGGGUUUUGAAAAAUCCAGAUAUAAAAUCAUUUCAGUGGAGUGAUGAUGGAAAGUAUGUGGUUGUCAACUGGACACUUUGUGAAGAAGAGAGAGGAAAGCACAGGAAAGCCCUGUCGAUAUUGAAGAGGGUGGAGGACACCACGUCCCUUCGCAGGCUCUUGGGUUGCCACGGUUUUAAGAAGAUGGCAAGGAGAUCCAGUUCUGAUGUCCUUGUGUUUGAGCAUCAUGAUUUUGUUCAGAGUAGAGAGGACAACAAGAGAUCAAAAAGUUCAGGGUCAGGUUAUCAUUUGGGAAACAUGGAAGAGAGUUCACCCUGUAUGUCCAGUGAUGUGCUCUCAGACAUGUGCUUUUCUCCAAUAAAGAGGAAAAAUGCCAGAAGUCUCUAUCAGUACAUAAACUACAGCAGUCCAGCACCAGUAGCAGAACCUCAAGAUCCUCUUCAGCACGAUCCUGUCUCAGACCCACCAUGCACCUCUCUAUCUCUGGUUGAAGUCCAGAGGCCAAAAGAAAUUGAUCCAGGUAAUUCACUGCAAAUGAUCAAGAAACAGCAGAGGAGCGUCCUCUUCAGGAGAGCAUCCAGACUAGUCUCCUGCCUCCACUGUCUCCACACCCUCAGGAUGUGGGAGUGUCUGACGACUUGAUCAGCUGAGUGUCACGAAAGACUAUACACAACAGCGACUGUGAUCAACACAACCAUGCCACAACUUUUAAUACACCUGAGCCUCUCCCAGGGACUUGGGUAUUCCUUCAAAAGUAAUGUUUUAUUAUGUGAAACAGUCAAAUGAUACCAGUUGCAAGUGAUGCCAUUUGCAGGUAUUUGUAAUACUUAUUUUUAAAUACGUUCAGAUGAUGAAA